UAAGGAGUAUAAGCUAUAACAGUCAUUCGUGAUGAAGUCCGGCAUUCUCUUAUUCGUUGCCUUUGAACUCUUCAGCUCUAUGCAGCUACUUGCAUUGGCACAAGAGUCUGGAUCAGUCAGUGGCUGUUGGUGGGACUCCUAGCGUCAGUGUCCUUCGUGGUCGUGAUGGCAGGGAUGGGCCACGAGGAAGAGACGGGCGUGAUGGAGUGCAAGGAGUAGUGGGCCCAAGAGGAUCCCCUGGAAUGAAUGGACCUCCUGGUACAUCUGGAGCCCCUGGUCCAAAGAGUGGGGGUGUGGUCUACACCAGGUGGGGGAAGACUACCUGCAGAGAUGGAGCCAAUCUAGUCUAUGCUGGAGUAAUGGCUGGGAGUCAUUAUCAUCACGCUGGUGGUGGCACCACUCGAUUGUGUAUGCCCAAUGAUCCCGACUACACCCUCCCAUUCAUUAAUGGUGUGCAGAACUACAGCCCACUCUACAAUAUCGAAUAUCAGGACACUGUUCAAAGCCAUGGUCACGACAUUCCUUGUGCUGUGUGUGUGGUGCCCACUAAAGACCUUGUGCUAAUGGUACCUGGCAAGAGCUCUUGUCCAGCUGGAUUCACGAGAGAGUACUAUGGCUACCUCAUGUCGGAGAAGGUAAAUGGUGAUCAUAAGCAAUCUACAUUCGAAUGCGUUGAUAAAGAUCUCGAGUCUGUACAUGGAAGUUCACAAUGGCAGAUACACGGUCUGUUUUGUCAUGUUGAGGCUGUGUGUAAUGCACUCGCUUGCCCUCCUUACAACAACUACAAAGAGAUCAACUGUGCUAUGUGCACAAUGUAGCUGUUCUGUUAUUAAAAACUCUAUGAACUGAAUAUGAGAGAACACAGAUUUACAGAAGUUAAUCAGUAAGGACUAAAAUACGUUCACUAUUGUAUCAAAAAUGUUUGUAUACGAUUGCUAUGGAAGAACUCUGGCCUCGCUGUAAGAAUUCCAAAUACUAUGCAACAGUAACUUGUAAUGCAUGUUUAGAAACAUGACACCUAAUCACAACAUGCAGGUAGAAACAUAAUGGGUACAGGAAGAUGUGUGUAGAUCUAGAGGAAGGAAAUCAUUUUAAUGAUGGCAUUCGCUGCACAACUAUAUCCCGGCAUAUAACAUUAACUAGCAAUGGACAAUAUGGUGAUUACAAGUGAGGGCCUUUUGUUAAUCGCUGAUAGACUAAAUUACUAGAAGCUAGCUACCCAAGAAAUAGUGUAGUGAGCUGUUAUGCACAUUCCUAUAAUUAUGUAGAUGCAUAGAAAGUGUUCAGUUCCCCCAACUAUAGAAAUGUCCUCCCACCAAUGCAACACACUGUAUUAUGGUUCCGGAUGUGCUACAAGCAGUGAAUAUGCUACACCUAAUGCAAAGAGUGUAUAAAAAGGUUAUUUUGAGUUGAGGAGUAUAAGUCUACCUACAACAGUCAUGAUGAAGUCUGGCCUUCUCUUAUUUGUUACCUUUGGAGUCUUCAGCUCUGUGCAGCUACUAGCACUGGGACAAGAGUCUGGAUCAGUACCUGUUGGUGGGACUCCUAGUGUCAGUGUCCUCCGUGGUCGUGAUGGCAGGGAUGGUCCACGAGGAAGAGACGGACGUGAUGGAGUACAAGGACCAGUGGGCCCAAGAGGAUCCCCCGGAAUGAAUGGACCUCCUGGUACAUCUGGAGCCCCUGGACCAAAGAGUGGGGGUGUGGUCUACACCAGGUGGGGGAAGCAUACCUGCAGAGAUGGAGCCAAUCUAGUCUAUGCUGGAGUAAUGGCUGGGAGUGUCAAUAAUCAGGCUGGUGGUGGCACUACUCGACUGUGCAUGCCCAAUGAUCCUGACUACACCCUCCCAUUCAUUAGUGGUGUGCAGAGCUACAGCCCACUUUUUCCUGUUGAAUAUCAAAGUACCAUAAGAAACCAUGGUCAUGACAUUCCUUGUGCUGUGUGUGUGGUGCCCACUAAAGACCUUGUGCUAAUGGUACCCGGCAAAAGCUCUUGUCCAGCUGGAUUCACGAGAGAGUACUAUGGCUACCUCAUGUCGGAGAGGGUGCACCCUGGUCAUAAGCGAUCUACAUUCGAAUGUGUUGAUAAAGAUCUCGAGUCUGUACAUGGAAGCUCAAGUCAAGAAUACGCUACUCACGGUCUGUUUGGUCAUGUUGAGGCUGUGUGUAAUGCACUCGCUUGCCCUCCUUACAACAACUACAAAGAGAUCAACUGUGCUAUGUGCACAAUGUAGUUGCUCGACGAUCCAUUAAACGCUAUAAUUAUAUGAACUGAAUACCAAACUGUAAUAAUUAUAGUAUAGCGGUAAAUCAGUAGGAUUUAGGUUCACUAUUGCAAAAUCUCACGAUUGAUAUUGUUGAACUCCGGCCUUAACUUG